CUGAGGGUUGUUAAAGGCCACGUUGUGCGACCUUUAUGCUCUCAGUUAGUUGGCGGUGACAAGGCUGCAGCAUGCCGGCAGACAUCUCCCAGUGGACCGGCUCCCUGGAGCUCCAGGAGGUGGAAGAGAAACCAGCGCAUCCGCUGAGCGUGAGCUACGGCUCCCUGCGGAUAGAGGAGCUGGGCCAAGUGCUGACACCCACCCAGGUUCAGAAUCGCCCCACAAGCAUUGAGUGGGAUGGAAUGGAUAGCAACAAGCUGUAUACUCUUGUGCUCACAGACCCUGAUGCACCAAGUAGGAAGAAUCCCAAAUUUAGGGAAUGGCACCAUUUACUUGUGGUGAACAUGAAAGGAAAUGACAUUGGCAGUGGAUGUGUCCUAUCUGAUUAUAUAGGCUCAGGACCACCACAAGGAACAGGUCUCCAUCGUUAUGUUUGGUUGGUCUACGAACAGACUGAACCAUUGAAGUGUGAUGAGCAAGUUUUGUGCAACCGCUCUGGGGAACACCGAGGUGUGUUUAAAGUGGCGUCUUUCCGCCAGAAGUACAAGCUCAGCAGCCCUGUUGCUGGUAAUUGCUACCAGGCCGAGUGGGAUGACUAUGUACCCAAACUGUAUGAGCAGCUCUCAUCAUAAAA